AAGGGGAGGGAGGUGGCUCAGACCUGGGAUAUGCACACCACCAGAGAGGGCAGGCAGGGCUGGACCACGAAGCCGGACUGACCCCAGACACACACAGCACUUGGGCCAACCCCGCCAGAGCAGUGCAGCAGGGGCGGGUCUGUGGGCAGGGCCCUGGGGCUGGGGAGCAUCUUCCUGCCAUUCCACCAUUAGAGCUUCUCCCCUGGACUGAGGCCAGCUAGAGAAUGCCAGCCGGUUUGGCUGGGUUAUGGGGCACCUGAAGGUAGCAUGAACCCUCAGGAAGAGGGUCGGGGCUGCCUUGGUGUUCUCCUGUCCCCUCAGCCCUUGGGAGUUGUGCCAGGCUCUCUGAGCCUAAUGGUCAUCACUCUGGGACCCUGCUUCCUGAACAAGAUCAGCAGCCACCACCUCUGUGGCUAGAUCCUGUGCUGGGGUCCUCCUCCUUCAGCGCUGUCAGCUUCUCCAUCCUAGCCUGGAGGACCGAGUCCAGAUGGUAGCCGGCUGUGUCACUGACUCAUUGACCACUGUGCCAGGGGGUCCCUGGCUCAGGCUCAGACUGGGCUGUGGACUCAGGUAGCACUUUCACCUGGAUCAGGGAUAUGAGGUUUCCUUCACCCCACCCUGGCAGGCAUGCCUGGGCCUGGGCACCUAGCAGGUCUCAAUCAGCUUCUGAAUCAGCAAACAAGUGAAAUCACAAAGGAAUGAACAAGUAUGUGGUCAGUGACACACCCAUGGUCACCCAAACACGGGGUCUCACAGUCACAAGACUGCGAAGUCACACCCAGCUCAGGCACUGGAUCCCACACUUGCACAUACUACUGGACCUUGCACAGAGGCCUAGACCGUAGCUGACCAGCCCUGACUUCACAGACACAGUGCCUUUCACACACAUCCCUAAAGCAGAGGGGAUCUACCUCCUGGGCAUAGUCGGUGUAGGGCCUGGGGCCGCAAUACUUCUAGGGGCCCAAAAACAGUCUUAACUUUUUUUUUUUUUUUUAAGAUUUUAUUUAUUUAUUUGACAGAGACACAGCGAGAGGGAACACAAGCAGGGGGAGUGGGAGAGGGAGAAGCAGGCUUCUCGCAGAGCAGGGAGCCCGAUGUGGGGCUCGAUCCCAGGACCCUGGGAUUAUGACCUGAGCCAAAGGCAGACGCUUAACGACUGAGCCACCCAGGUGCCCGUCUUCACUUUUUUAAUCAGAGGAAAAUAUAUAUUAAUAAUGAAUAUAUAAUAAUGACUUCAGUCUGGAUUGUACUUGUCUUUGUACCAGCACAGUUGUAAAAUGCAUUUUUUAAUGUUUUGAGGAAGGGGCCCACAAAGGCAAAAGUGCCUAAGACCCAGAGAUAUCAUAAUGCAGCCCUGCAGGAAAGUAGGCUCCCUCAGGGUACUGUACUGAGGCACCCAGACUCCAGUACCACACACAGGCGUGCCCAGAGGGGUCUGCCACCCAAAAAGCCCCCCUGCACCGCUUCCACCCCCACCCCAACCCAAAAAAAGCCACAAAGCCCUGCCGUGAUGUUGACCGUGUGGGCGGGGCUGCUUCCCGCCCAGCCCCACCUUCUAGCAAGGCACUUUGUUAGGGGUGCUGAGGUGGCUCUGCUGCCUGGCCCAGCCCUCCAACUCAGGGCCUGCCCCUCAGCCCGCCCCCAGACUGGGUGGGGUGACCCCCCUACAAAAGCUCAGUUUCCAGCAGCAGCUUCCUCUGAGUGUGGUGCAGCUGGGGCCAGAGUUGAGGAACAGAAUCUUGCUGAGCCCUGCCUAGGCCCUCACGCUGGGGUCAGGAAAUUUGGAGGAUGAGGCCCUUCAGCCCUGAGGUCAGCAGGGACAACUGGGCAGACUGGUUUCCCUAGACCCAUCCUCUGCCAUGGCAGUCCACCUGCUUCCCACCUACGCUCUCUUCCUGACCUUGCUUGGCGCGGCCCAAGGCUCCAGAAGCCCCAUGGUGCCCAACCAGCCCUUCACCACCAUCUGGAACGCAAACACCCAGUGGUGCCUGGAGAAAUACGGCGUGGAUGUGGAUGUCAGUGUCUUCGAUGUGGUGGCCAACCCUGGGCAGACCUUCCGCGGCCCUGAUAUGACCAUUUUCUACAGCUACCAGCUGGGCACCUACCCCUACUACACAUCUGCUGGGGAGCCUGUGUUUGGUGGCCUGCCCCAGAAUGCCAGCCUGGAUACCCACCUGGCCCGCUCCUUCCAGGACAUCCUGGCUGACAUCCCUGAGUCCGACUUCUCAGGGCUGGCAGUCAUCGACUGGGAGGCAUGGCGCCCACGCUGGGCCUUCAACUGGGACACCAAGGACAUUUACCGGCAGCGCUCCCGAGCACUGGUACGGGGGCAGCAUCCCGACUGGCCAGCUCCUCGGGUGGAGGCAACAGCACGGGACCAGUUCCAGGAGGCUGCACAGGCCUGGAUGGCAGGCACCCUCAAGCUGGGGCAAGCUCUGAGGCCUCGUGGCCUCUGGGGCUUCUAUGGCUUCCCUGACUGCUACAACUAUGACUUUCUACGCCCCAACUAUACUGGCCAGUGCCCGCCGGGUGUCAGUGCCCAGAAUGACCAGCUGGGGUGGCUGUGGAGCCAGAGCCACACCCUCUACCCCAGCAUCUACAUGCCCGCAGAGCUGGAGGGCACGGGGAAGGGACAGAUGUAUGUGCGGCACCGUGUAGGUGAGGCAUUCCGUGUGGCUAUGGGUGUUGGGGACCCCAAUCUGCCGGUGCUGCCCUAUGCUCAGAUCUUCUAUGACAAGACGAACCGCUUUCUGUCCCUGGAUGAGCUGGAGCACAGCCUGGGGGAAAGUGCAGCCCAGGGAGCAGCAGGAGUGGUACUCUGGGUGAGCUGGGAGAACACAAAAACCAAGGAAUCGUGCCAGGCCAUCAAGGAGUAUGUGGACACCACACUGGGGCCCUUCAUCCUCAACGUGACCAGUGGGGCUCUUCUGUGCAGUCAAGCCCUGUGCUCAGGCCAUGGUCGCUGUGCCAGGCGCCCCAGCCACCCUGAGGCCCUCCUCAUCCUCAACCCCGCCAGCUUCUCCAUCCAGCUCACUCGUGGUGGCAGGCCCCUGACCCUACAAGGUGCCCUCUCACUUGAGGAUCAGAUGCAGAUGGCUGUGGAGUUCCAAUGUCGCUGCUACCGUGGCUGGAAGGGAGCACGGUGUGAGCAGCAGGGCAUGUGGUGAUUGGUCACACGCCAGGAUACACACAUUGAGCACCUGUUUACCUUAAAAAUAAAUUGGUUAUUUUACCAGCAAAAA